GGUCAGAAAGAGUGAAGAAAUCUUUCCUGUGAUGUCUGGCUUGAGCUCUGAGAUGCUGCAGCUGCGCUUAAUGAAGAACCAAGCAGAACAAGCAACAACUCCAUCCAGUUCUAGUUUUAUGGGCAAUAAAAGCAGCUGUGCGGAGCAUCUUCUGCACUAUGGGAAUACAGAGAAAGUGCUGAUCGGAGGACUGCUUAUCAUACUUACUGUUUCUACCAUUUGUGGGAAUUUAUUGUUGGUCCUGACAGUAUGUUUGGUGAAGAAACUGAAGCAUCUCUGUAAUUACCUGAUUGUGUCUUUGGCUGUGGCGGACUUGGCUGUUGCAGUAGCUGUAAUGCCCUUCGUGAGCAUCAGUGACCUUAAAGAAGGACACUGGAUCUUUGGUCAGCUCUUCUGUAAUGUUUUCAUCGCCAUGGUUGUGAUGUGCUGCACAGCGUCUAUCCUCACUCUGUGUGUGAUCAGUAUAGACAGGUAUCUUGGUAUAUUAAAGCCACUGACCUAUCCUGUGAGGCGGAGUGGAAAGUGUAUGGCAAAAAUAGUGUUGAUUGAGUGGUUGUUUUCUGCCUCUAUCACGCUGCCGUCGUUGUUUGGCUGGGCUCAGAACAUCAGUGAUGAGAAUGUGUGUCUGAUCAGCCAGUACCUGGGCUACACUGUUUACUCCACUGCUGUGGCUUUUUACAUCCCCAUGUGUGUGAUGCUGAUCAUGUACUACCAAAUAUACCGAGCUGUCAAAAUCAGUGUGGCCAAGCACGCCAUCACAUCGAGACCUGAUGAUGGUGUGAGCUACGUGUCAGCUGUGCUGAAACUGCAGAGGGAGAUGAAGGAGCGUGCUAUCAUUACACGACUCCUGAGGAAUGAACGCAAGAACGUGUCCAUGUUCAAGCGAGAGCAGAAGGCAGCAACCACAUUGGGUGUUAUGGUCGGAGCGUUCAGUGUUUGAUGGCUGCCUUUUUUGCUGUCCACGGUGCAGCCCUUUGUCUGUGGUGUACACUGCAUGGUGCCCCUGUGGGUGGAGAGAACCCUGCUGUGGCUGGGCUAUACCAACUCGCUCAUUAACCCUUUUAUUAACACACUCUUCAACCAAGAUCUCAGGACCACCUACCAGAACCUUAUUUACAGAAACUUCAACCGCAAGUUCUUAGCAGCUAGCAUGCAGGAAGCACUAAAACCACAAAAUCAGACGUGAUGUAGAGAUAUAGAUAGUGUUCUGAGACAGGCUCACAAGAUAUACAUGUAUAGAAGCUUGUUGAUGAGCUCAGUACUCUCAUAAGGGUUAUUUCUAGAUGGUAGUCUGAAAACGUUUUGAUUAAUUCCACUAUUCAGUACUCACUACUGGCACAUCCAUUUCAUGAAGCAGAGCUAUCCUUCCAGAGUCAUGGGUUAAAACAUUAUGUAUGUAAAAUGUAUGCCUUCAUUUUUAACAUGAUAGGUGUUUUGUACCGUAAGACCAGUGGUACAAGAUGGUCAGAUAAUAUAACUGUCAUAAUGAAUUUGUGCUUGUGAGAUUAUAAAUGUUCCUUUAUUUUAUUCCCAUCUAAUAAUCUUCUUUCUUUUUGUAUGAUGGUUUAUGGAUGAGGCACACAAUAAUGUCCAAGUAAUGUGCUAAGUGCUCUUUGCUUUGUCUGUCCUCUACGUGGCAUUUAAUUGGUGCGUCACUUCUAAUGUGGCCACGAGCUAAACCUGUCUCAUAAUUAGGUAUUAGUAUUAUAAUUAGCCAGUCUUUAAUUGUCUUGUAGCUGUGAGGAAGGUAGGGGACACUUAAGGAUAUGAUGUUCGUGCUAUUUUGUCAGCAAGAGCAAUUCUACUUAAAACUAUUUAAAUUCUUCGACACCAGGUUCCUGCAUAUGAAUCGACAUUAAUGUGCAGUGUUUAUGGGUAUGGAUAUUUGAAUGCGUUAUUUGCUAAAAUGUAUAGAAUAGAGGCUAAAAUAAGUUGAUACGGUGAGGUGAUUAUAGUAUCAAGAUGUACUGAAAUGCAGGUCAUAGAUUGGCGUUAAAAUGGAAGAUUGCGUUUGAGUGAAUGAACAAAACUAGUGCACAUUUACAGUGUUUAAAGGGCUACAUUAUACGUUCAUAAGACUUUUCUGAACAUAUGAUACAGAUGUUUUAUUCCAGCAGAAGUUGGAUCUGCUAUACAGCUGCCAGCAACAUAUUUUGGUUGUAAUGUUUAACAUUAUUUAGACAAUAUAUAUUGGCACUGUGGCAUCAUGGAAUCGUUUUCAUCAAAGUAGACAAUGAGACAGAAAAAUUAAAUUAUAAUUUGCAUAACUCAAUUAAAAGCAUAAUGUUUUGUAUUAUAUUACUCUUUGUAUAAAUUUUCAUGUAUAAUGUUUCUUAUGUUCUGUAAAGCCACUUUGAGACAAUGUCCAUUGUUAAA